GAAUAGUUUCAGUGUUGAGCUGUAAUUAAGUUGUGAAAAUGUAUCAUCAGUUUUACGACAAAACAUUUAUGUCAAUAUGUAGCGAAAAGACUUUGCAAACGAACGCAAAAGGUUUCUUUUUUAGUUUUGCGGAUCAUGUUUUGGAAAAAGCCGGCGAAAAGUGGGUUAAAAAUGUGUUCGGCAAAUUGCAGAACGAUAAGGAAAGAAUCCGAAUUAUUUAUGAGGCAAAUGAGACAAAAGAUGUGGUGGCUAAAGUGUUAUCAAACGUUCAAGAAAUUUACAGACCGAAGUCAGCAGAGACAUCUGCAAGUCGUCGUCUCGAUGCUGAAGAGCAAUUAGCGAAGGGUGAUUUACCUAAGGCCCUGAACCUCUAUUCGCAAAGUGUGCUUAGAUCGCCGCCCAUCGGACAUUCGCCUCACAUAGACGACGGACAUACGUUGUCUUUGGGUUUGUUGGGAAGAGCAAAAGUUUUAAUGCAAAUGGGGUACUACGAUUUGGGACUGAACGAUUUGCAGUUAGCCCUGAAAGAAGGUCUGCCUUUGAUGUACCAAGUGGAGGCUUUCUGGAGAUCCGGGAUUUGUUACAAGGCACUAAACGACCUAAAACGUUCCGAUGUCGCUUUCAAAUUGGCCGAGAAACUAUUCAAUAAAAAAGAAAAGUUGGCGAUUUUAGAGGCAGACAAACGUAGGACGUAUAAACUUAAGCAACGAGAAGAUCGUCGUGAAGUUCCAAACGUUGUCGGCGGACGUCACCCACUUUACAAAGAUGCUUCUAGGAAGAUUGCUGUGAAAAAAACAGCUAAUUUGGGCCGAUUUGUAGUGGCAUCUGAGCAGGUCAAAACUGGUGACACUCUUGUAGUUGAAGAGCCUUACGUUGCUUGCUUACUACCCGAAAUGUUUGGAACUCACUGUCACCACUGUUUCGAACGAUUUAUAGCUCCCGUUGGUUGUACGAAUUGUAGCAGCAUUGCAUUUUGUACCACGAAAUGUAGAGAAGCCGCAGCUGCUUAUCAUCAAUAUGAAUGUAAAUUUCUCGAUUUGAUGAUCGGUUCUGGUAUGAGUGUUUUAGCGCACGCGGCUCUCCGAAUGAUUACGCAAAUCACACCGGAAAAAUGUAAGCGUAUUUACAACAACAGACAAUCGGAAUGGGUUUAUAACUUAUGUACGAAUUCUUCUGUACGUCUGCCUGCCGAUUUCCUACAAAGAACGUUAAUGGCUGCCUUUUUACUGAGAUGUUUGCAAAAAAGCAAUUACUUCGGUCAUGCUGAAGAGUCUCAGGCUGACAAGCCUAGUGAAGAGGAGUUGCAAGUUGGGGAAUUGCUUUUAUUCCAUUUGCAAAUGUUGCAGUUUAAUGCUCACGAAAUCUAUGAAACGAGGCAUACGGCGAACAAUCGGCUAGAACAUUCAAAAAUCUCAUAUAUUGGGGUGGCGAUUUAUCCCACUGUGUCGCUUUUCAAUCACGAUUGUUAUCCAGCGGUGGCGAGGUAUUUUGUGGGAAAAAAGAUCGUGAUUAGAGCUUUGCGUCCGAUUUCUGUUCGAAGUGUGGUCGCUGAAAAUUACGGACCGAUUUUUACGAGACGAAUCUUACAAGACAGACAGAGGUCGUUGAGCUCGAGAUACUGGUUUAAUUGUCAGUGCGAGGCUUGCGUAAAAAAUUGGCCGGGGCUUGACAAUGGACUAGCUGACGUCAGUCUAAGGAUCAGAUGUACAAGCAAGAAGUGUCCGGGUUAUUUUACAUUACCGUUGACAAAUGUAAAACUAAAAUGUCCGAAAUGUGAAAAGAACGUCUAUUUGGGUGAUCACAUGGAUAAAUUAAAAUGGUGUUUGGAGCAGUAUGAAUUAGGUUUCAAAGCUUUAUACGAGUUGAAUCCUAGGCGAGGAAUCGAGAUUUUAUGUCCUGCGAUAGAUGUUUUUCAUAAGGUGUCUUUGCCUCCACACAAAGAAACACAUUUAGCCCAAGAAGCAUUGAGAACUUUUAUGGCGGACUUUGGAAAUACUUCUGAAACAUUAGUUAAAAAAAAAAAGAAUUCUAAUUAAAAUACUGAUUAUGCAUUAACAAUUGAUUUAAUAUUAUUUAUUUAGAACGUAGCGAUUGAAUUAAUUUUCGGUGCAAGAAAAUUAAAUUAAUUUAUCAAUUAAGAA